AUGACCUUGCCAAAAAAUUCCAAUCCAACUUCUAUAAUCCGAAAAAAUGUUUCUCCACAUGGAUUUGUCUCAGCAAUCAUUCAUUCUUAUAACCUUCACCAACACCUUCGAUUCUCACCAGAUGAUGUAUGGUUAACGGUUGCACAAGGUGUUAGCAGGCACAUUUUGAAUAAUUCUGAACGUUUUCGUUACUUAUUUGUUGAUCACGAAGGCAAAAAAGAUAUUAAAAUAAAUGCCAAUGACAUUUUGGAAUGUUUUAAUGGAAAUUUUCAUGGUGAUUGGCCACAAGUAAUCUCUCGACUUUCUGUUGUUACUGACGAACGAAUUAAAAAAGUUGGUCUAAAACAACAUCUUGAAUGUGAUUUUUCUACCUCAACAAAUGCAUCUAUUACCGCUAGCCAAAUUAUCUUGUUCGAUGCAAUGAAAAAAUAUUUUAAUUACAAAGUAUAUUGUCUUUGUGGUAUCCCAAAGGUCACCCUUGAUGGGACCUUGGAAGAUUGGUUACAUCUUCAAGAAAAAGUUGCAAAAAUCCGUGAUUUAGGAUUGGAGCUUGAUUUCUGGUUGGAUAGGUUAGAACCAGUCAUCACUCAAUUUGUCUCUACCUAUAAGGGAGACGUUGACGAAAAAUUUUGGAGCAUUGCUGUUUACAAUGUUCCCUAUGGUAGUGACGGCGAUUCGAUUCCUUAUUGGAAUGGAUGGAUAGGUGCUUUGUUUCCUUACGACAACUCAGAAAGGAAAAUUACGAAAAAUGAAAUUGUUCCUGAUGAAGUGCCUUCUGGAUUAGUACAUGUUCCAUUUGAAUUGAUUACAUUGGAAGACGGCAAUGGGGUUGCAAUACAUUAUCCUUGGAUGGAUUUGCUUUCAAGGGACGGCGAGUCAGAUGCAAUCAUUCAUGCUUAUACCCUUCACCAACACCUUCGAUUCUCACCAGAUGAUGUGUUAGCGGGCAUAUUUUUAUUAAUACAGAACGUUUUCGUUACUUAUUCGGUUAGCGGGCAUAUUUUUGAUCAAUACAGAACGUUUUCGUUACUUAUUCGGUUAGCGGGCAUAUUUUUGAUUAAUACAGAACGUUUUCGUUACUUAUUCGUUGAUCAUGAAGGUCAGAAAGAUGUUACCGUAGAUGCCAGAGAUAUUAUAAGACCCCAAUCUUCUAAGAUGCCAUCAAGGGUUACCUUUGGAAUACCACAAACACCACGUAAACUGUUAAAACCAGUCAUCGCUCAAUUUGUCUCUACUUAUAAGGGAGAUGUUGACGAAAAAUUUUGGAGCAUGGCUGUUUUCGAAAUUCCUUACGAUAGUGGCGGUCCUUCCUUACGACAACUCAGAAAAUAA